AUGGCUGCAAACAGCAGGAUCUUGUGCGUGGGCACGGCGUUGGCACUGGCGUGUCUCUGCGUGGCCGCCGCCGACGACGGCGGCGGCGUCGCCGCCAGGUGCCAGUUCGGCAAGCCGAUGCGCAAACAGGUGCCGGCCGAGCCGCUGAACGGCAUGUGCCUGCGCGACGUCGCGACGCACCUGUCGAGGACGCUGCGAUCCGUCGCCGACGAGGAGCUCGGCGCCUCCUCGUUCCAGGCGAUGAUCAACGAGAUGGAAUUCACGAAUGUCUCCGGCAACCUGGACGCAAAACUGAGUGCCUUGGUCGAGAAGCUCGACGGCAAGCUGACGUCGCACGUCGACGUUUUCAAGCAGGUCCACGAAGUCAUACGCCACACACUGGCACGCAACUCGCUCCCCACUAUUUAUUCUAGUCAAUUAGCCGAUUACGAUAUGAUGGAGAUGAACAGAGCUUCAGAUAUAUGCACCGAUGUCACGAAAGAACUUACGAGGCAGUUGCAAGGUCAAGAGUGGAAAAGCAUGCACAUACUGCCGAUAAACGAACCAGAUACAAUGUGUGGACCACCCACGUUGGCUUACAACGUCGGAUCGCUUUUGUUAUCCCAGUACUGUCCUGAAAAGAAUGUCAUUUUACUUUUGGAACAUGGCAGAUUCAUGUCCGAAUCCGAGCUAGCUUUGGUUCAAAUGACAGCCAAAACUAUUAUAGAUAUGCUUUCUGAAGCGGAUAACGUUACUAUUGUGGGCCUUGCUAAUACUGCACCCCAGCUCUGCAGAGAUAGCUUGUUAAAGGCGACAGAUAUUAACAAGUUUCAAUUAACCCGUUACAUCGACAGUUUAACUAGAACAGAUUCGAAUGAAAUGACAAAGAUUGAUUUUAAAAAACUAACACAAAAUCUAAGGGGUGAAGUGCUUAUUAUGCAUUUAACUAAUAAAUUACUAGAAAAUGCAUCAAAUGUGCAAAGAAUUUUUGAAGUAAUUUCGGGAAAGGUUAAAGCUUAUCUCAAAACUAUUAUUGUUACAGACCAUCAAGCAUCCACUAUUAUUAGGAGACUAAGCAAUGACAGUAUCAUAAUUUUUCCAAUGCAAAAUGUUCUUGGAUAUGAGAUAGGAAAUCUAUUUUCUUGCUUGCAAUGCCCUGAUUAUCCUAAGAAAGAUUUUUAUGUAUCAGACCCGUAUAUUGAACCAUAUAGCAAGACAAUGGCAAUAUCUAUCGGGCAAAUAACAGAGACUGCGUUGUUAUCCUUGGAUAUAAAGCUGCGUGAUUUCCUCGAUGAUAUAACGUACUUUAACGUUGGUCCAAACGUACAUGCUAUAUUCUUCGAUAGCAAAGGAGUGGUUUGGAUGCACAAAAAUUUUCCCAGGGUCGAGACAAUGGUUGAGCUACCGCUUAAGGUGCAUUUGCAAGAUAUUGAAAAUAUAGACGGUGCGACAGUGACGAGAAUGAUAAAUGAGAUCGAAGGGACCAUGGAUGUGAAAACCAAGUUAGGCGAGCAGAAGCGAUAUAGAUGGAAACACUUGAUUUACGAUGAUUUGAUAAUAUGCCUGGUAUCGACGGCCGAGGAGGGAAUAUUGCCCGUCGCGAGGAUCACUCCUCCGCUACCAGCGAAUAUAUUGCAUCAUCGCCUCGAUCUAAUGCUUCAAACUGUCGUUGAUAAAGACAUGCUCUGCGUUUACAGAAACAAGAUUGUAACUUUAUCAACGGGCGUAAUUUAUUUAUCACCAUGGUGCUUUCAAUCUCCGAUGGAACAGCUGAAAUUACUGGAAGCGGGUUCAGCCGUGAACGUACAAAGCUACAUGGCGUACAUAAAGGAUGUGACGGGUCUUUUGACCAAUCCCGGCUUACAUCCAUCCGUAAAACCAGACGUGGCGACGCUGGCACAGGUUUUGGAACAUUUCAAAAAGCAGCACGCCGAGAGUCCGUUAAAUAAGUUUAUAAUAAGAAGAUACGUCGUCAGUACGGUCAGCGGCGUAUUAGAAAUAUUUCCAGGAAUGGUACUGGAUUCAGGUUUCGAUCCCAAGAGACGAAUGUGGUACGGGAAAACGCUGGAGCAGCCUGACAGGAUAAUCCUAACUCCGCCUUACUUAGACGCGGGCGGAUCAGGCUAUGUGGUCACUCUGAGUCAAACUGUCAAGUACCCUACGGGGAUUAACGGAAAUUAUGCAAUCGCCGUUCUGUCCAUGGACGUCACAAUGGGUUACAUUAUGAGAAUAUUGCUGGAGAUGUUUCCAUUCUGUCACGACGCGACGGUAAAGUGCUUCCUGAUGGACGACAAGGGCUACUUGGUGUCGCAUCCGAAGCUGUUGGAAGCGACAGGCAAGAUCGAGCAGCAGCAUUUGACGCACAAGGAGCUCUUGGUGGCCAACGACAUAUUGAAUCACGGCUCGUUCGUGAAGAAGAAAUCGUGCGCCAGUUACUUGGACGGCACCGUGCAGAGGUACUAUCAGUUCAACACGUCGCUCGACGAGGUGCUCACUAACAUAGCACACGGCGAGCACUGUGUUAGAUACCAGGUGGCUGCCGUACCGGGUACCAAUGUAUUCCUUGGCGUUGUCAACAUGACGACUCAGUGUAACUUGCUCAGAGCCUUCUGUCCGUGCAGCACGAUGGAUCACUCGUGCCUGAAUUGCAAAAGUAUGGAGCAAACUGGUUGCGAGUGCCCUUGCGAAUGCUCCUUGUACGCUUUCGGCUGUACGCAACAAAGUCUCGACGUUUUGGAUCCUUGUCCGCCCAUAUACGAGCAAGGCUCGAGUUUACAGGCUCCGUGGAUAGAGCCGAUGAAUUUGAAGGCAUGCCCGUCCGCCAAUUGCAAAUCGUAUACAACGGAGAGAGACUGUUUGGGUGUCGCGGAUUGUCAGUGGUGUCACGUCGACACCGACGGAGAGACGCCUUUGCAACAACCGUUUUGCUCCGACAUGUCCGUGUGUUUUAAGGGAAUCUUCGGAUCUCUGAUACCUUACAGCGACGGCUCUUACAAUUCGCAAUCGACGGACGAGAUCGCGGCACGAGAGUGGCCGUCGGUCGGGCCGGUAGCUGGUGGAAUUCUCGCGCUGUUCCUGAUUCUAGGCGUCAUUCUGUUCUGCUACAGGCUCCGAUCGGUGAACUCGGGUGAACUGGAGCAUCAGUGCUUGCAUCUCCACACCUCGCCCGACACGCUGCGCAUGACGCAUAUCGAGGGCGAUCCGGAGCCCGCGGAACUGGACCAGAUCAAGAGCAACUUGGAUUGCCUCGUGAGAGACAGCGUCGCACCUAUAUCGCCGUACAAAGUUUCCACCAACUACAGACGGCCACCCGGUGGGGACAGUGAUCACGGGUACAGCACGAUGACGCCUCACGACGAUUCCGAGCAGCAGACCUUCGCAUCCGAGCCCCUGUUAGCCGUAGAAACUAGCAUCGAGUCGGAUCUGACUAAGCAAUCCGGCGUCGAGAUGCCUUCCCCCACGACAUAUUUGGGAUCGCCACAUCAUGUUUUAGCGCCUGUGACCGUCCAUCGCGAUAUGGAAACGAAUUACUGCUGACCGACUUCACUGCCAUUUACUUAAAAAGAUAAGACAAACGUAAUUUCCUCGAAAGAUUGCCGUAAGAAAUCAUCACGAUUGCUAUUUUCUUCGCAGAUAUCUCAGGACAUAAAGAAUUAAACGGUAAGUAAACCAUUUAAUGCACGUGAUGAUUUAUUUUAUUUGCGAUUUUCGAUGCGAAAGACACUGUUGUAUUACCACAAGACUGUUCAUAUUAUUAUUAUUAUCAUCGAGAGACAAAAAGCAUAAAUCUUUUAUUAUGCUUGAAAACAUACGCAACUUCUACAAACUGUAUGUCAAUACUAAGGCCUUCCACACAAGUGCUAAAGAACGUUUGACAGAGUAUUAAAAGUCUUCUAAAAAAAAAAGUUCUAAAAACGAUAUGCCAGUUUUAUAUACGAAAUAAUUUAAACGGCUGCUAUAUUCAGCGAGAAACUUAAAGUACGAUUUUACAAGUAGAUAAAAUAGUAGCGAAUUACCUGUGUAAUUCGGAUUGUAUAGAUCGAGCGAUCUAGAAAUGUAAAAGUAUCGAAGUAUAUUAUUUUAGACGAGCAAUAUUACGACUUGCCAAGUAAUAUCUUUAUGUGACAAAGUUAGACAUUUUAGUGUAUUCGGAUAGGUGCUAUAUAUUCGUAAUUACAUAGGAUGUAACAUAAGAGGUGAGAACCUCAUCUCGAAAGCAAUUGACAUAUUAUGCUACAUCUUGUGUUUAAAUCAAGAGAUUUAAAUUUUAUAGUUGUUAUUAUUAAGAAAACUAAUGAUAUAUGAAAUAUUUAUGCUAGUAAUGGCAACUUCCUGUUUGGACAAGUGAAUUUUAACUUAUUGUCUGAAAUACUGCCAUCACCGGUCCGCGGUUGAAUCAUAUAAGGUAAAGAUUCUAUUAAUGGUUGAUAACAUAAGAGACAAAGACAUUGAAAAAUUUAUUUUUUGUUUUUUGAAAUCUUUUUAUGGUAUAAGACUGCCGGCAGUUUAUAUAUGUUAUAACUCCAUGACUUAUUCUUAGAAAUGUCGAAACAUCAGUUUUCUUUUCUUUUUUUUUUUUUAAUAGAUCUAUACAGCGUACUUAUCAUGAUUUUACAUAAAUAACAGUGCCAAAACGAUGAAACUUAAUAAAUUGUGCAAAAUAAUUUUAGAAAGCUGUACAUACAGAACCUAUAGUGUACGAUUUUUAUUGUUACUUUCUACUAUAUCUACAUUCUGUAUUUCUUAUAUGUGAAUAGUUUUAAGUAUUUUUCUUACAAUAACCGUAAUUUUAUCAAUGCAAAAAAGUCAUCGCAACGAAAAUAUUGAAAUCGGAAAAGUAAGAGGAAUCUGGAAUAAUAUGUCAAUGAGAGAGUAUGUAAUUUUCCAUAUUCCAUUGUCCUUAUCGAUACGAGACCAUCGAUAUAAAAUCUAAACGUAAUGUUUAAAUGUUUCUUUAAACAUUCGUGUAUUUUUAUACGGAAACAUUGUUAGAAGGUAAAUUAUGCGGUCGCGAUGUGAGAACAAAAGUUACAUUAUUGUAAUGGUUAUAGCUAUAGUACAAGCUUUUUUAUGAAAGUAUUAUUUAAAAGUUUUUUUUUACGAUUAACGUAUUUUAUUGACAUAAUACAGUACACUUUCGUUUAUGCGCGUUUCGCGCGGUACGUACAUUUUAACAAACUAACAUGAUCGUAAUAGACUUCUUUUCAUUUCUACAUUUUUUUUUCAGUUAAAAAGAUAGCGGCAAAAUAUAGAAAAUAUUAGGAUGUAAUUUAUAUCAGGCCUGUACAACUGGCCGAUCCGUCGAGCAACUCGGCUCACAACUCAAUCAAAUUAAUACUCUUUAACACACUUGCUGCCACGUGCGUCGUACGCGACGCUUCUAUUUUAGAGACAAGUGCGUUGUCUGUAUUCAGCGAGUUGUGCAGGCUUGAAUUACGCCGACAGUGGCGAUGACGACUUACGCGAGACACGCGUACACACCAUCCUGACUCUGGUACUUAUAAAAAAAGAAAACUAACGUCCACCGAUGUACUGUUCGCUCUAAGAAUGCAGCGUGAAAUAGCCGUUUUAUAUCGAUCUUUUUUUUUUCUCUCACGACGUGUACUUAGUAUAAAAAUCAUGCCGAGCGAGAUUUUAUACAUUGUACCAGUAUUUUUUACUUAUUAAAGUCUGCAUUUUACUAUUAAA